CAGCCAGCCAGCCAGCCAGCCAGCCUGGCCAGGGAAGGGUAGUGAUGACGGUAACUUACUCACGGAGGGUUGCUGACGCGGGGCUAGGGACCUUCUCUCAUCUGCUCCUCCGAUGGAAGGGAAGCAUCUACAAGCUGCUGUGGAGAGAACUGAUCAUCUUCACUACACUGUACUACUCCUUCAGCAUCAUAUACAGGUUUGUGUUGAAUGAGGGUCAGAAGAGGCUGUUUGAGAAGCUGGCCAUCUACUGUGACCGUUACGCAGAACUCAUCCCUGUGUCCUUCGUAUUGGGUUUUUAUGUGACUCUGGUGGUGUCUCGGUGGUGGGGUCAGUUUGAGAGUGUUCCCUGGCCGGAUCGCCUGGGUGCGCUGGUGGGCGCUCACAUCCGUGGUACCGACGAGAGCGCCAGGCUGACCCGCCGCACCCUGAUGCGGUACGCCAACCUGUCCGGCGUGCUCAUCUACCGAUCGGUCAGCACGGCAGUCUACAAGAGGUUCCCCACCAUGAAGCACCUGGUGCAGGCAGGCCUGAUGACAGCAGAGGAACACAGGCAGUUGGAGGAGUUGCCCUCACCUCAUAACAAGUUCUGGGUUCCUUGUAUGUGGUUUGUUAACCUGGCGCUGAGGGCCCGCACCGAGGGACGCAUCAAUAAUGAUGUGGCGCUAUCAGCCAUUCUCAAUGAAUUAAAUACAUUGCGGACACAGUGUAUGAAGCUAUACAGUUAUGAUUGGAUCAGCCUACCCCUUGUGUACACCCAGGUGGUGACAGUGGCGGUCUACAGUUUCUUCCUGGCGUGUCUGAUUGGUCGACAGUUCUUAGACCCCGCCCAGGGCUACGCUGGUCAUGACAUCGACUUCUACCUGCCUGUCUUCACCCUGCUACAGUUCUUCUUCUAUGUGGGCUGGCUCAAGGUGGCAGAACAGCUGAUAAACCCGUUUGGGGAAGACGAUGACGACUUUGAAACCAACUAUCUGGUUGAUCGUAAUCUACAGGUGUCCCUGCUGUCUGUGGAUGAGAUGUACGACACUAUCCCAUUGGUAGAGAGGGAUAAGUACUGGAACGAAUCAGAGCCCCAGCCUCCAUACACUGCAGCCAGCGCAGAGCAUCGCAAACCUUCCUUCAUGGGCUCUGCCCUGGACAUCAGUGUUCCCAAAGAGGAGAUGGAGUUCCAGUCCAACCUGGAGCAGAUCAAGGAGCAUGAGGAGGCCAACCACUCUACUCCUCUCCUGGGGGGUCUGAGUCGCUUCCUGGGGGUUCAGUCCCCCGUCUUCCCCCGCUCCUCCACCUCCUCCCGGGUUUCUCUCCUGCGCCGGCGCCCAGGGGCUCCAUUCAGCCGCUUCCCCCUCUUCCUGCACUCUGAGGGGGACGCCUCAACGCCAAGCCACGGCCCUGGUCCCCGCCACGACUCCAGCCACCUGGACUACGCCUUCUCCUCCAUGCCGCUGUACGAGAGGUCCGGCUUCUAUAGCUGUCCCCAGACCCCCAUCCACUGUGUUCCCCCCGCUAUGCCUCGUCCACGGCCCAUCCGAGGAACUUACGCUUGGGAUCGCAGCUCCAGCUCACUAGCUCCUCCGAUGGUUGGCUCUGGAGGUCUGCAGCCCCCUGAUACUCCAGGUCAUAUGCUCCCUCCACCCUCCUCUGCCUUCCCCUGGCUGAGUGAGGAGGGUGAGGGUCCUUGUGUUCCAGCCUUCUCCUUCCCUGACCCUGGCAACCUUCCGGAGCUCUGCCCCAUAUCAAAGCUCCGGCCCGGGCAAGGCCUGCUGUCUCGACGGCCCCCACCUCCGCGCCUCUCUCUAGAUAACACACCGUUGGCCGAGGGCCUGCAGCCUGGACCCAUCAGCCCCCGGGGAGUGGGAGGUGGAGGGGAGCGGGUGUUCUCCUUUACCCCUCCCUCUCGCACCCCAGCUACCAAUCCCAACAGCUCUUCCUCUAGUAUCAAUGCCACCAGCACUAUCAACACCACCAACCCUAACACCACUACUUCAGCCAACAUCUUGACUGGUACCAACACCACUUCUACAACAAACUUCUGCAAUGGUACCAACACCAACACCACUACUACGUCCAACUUCUGCAAUGGUACCAACCCCAACACCUUUUGUAACCAUGCCAACUUCAACAGCACUAGAGCAGCAGGUAUCAACAGUGGAACCAAUGGUAGUCUAAGCAACAACGUCGUGAACAUCAUUUCCAUUUCUGGAUCCUCUCAACAAGAAGCCAUUCAGCAUCAAAACUCGCCCAAUGAUUCAGGGAUUUCAUUGGCUGAGGGGGGCCCUCACUGGCUGGGAGCUCUGGUAGUGGAUAGUGGGAUGAACAAGACCCCUGGGGGGCGUGAGCAGGACUGAAGAAGGAGGGAGAUGAU